CUUCAUCCCUGCACCCAUUCAUGUGGGACCAUUCAAAUUCAGUUCACGGCUCAGAGUGGAGAGGAUGAGAGAGAAGCACAGUGGAGGUUAACAGGGUGGUUUUCCCACGGAGGAAUUUAACAACACAGUGUGAUUUAUGGUUUAGAGUGAAAGAGGUCGGGCCUCUCCUCGGUUUCCAGAGAAAGCCCCCAUCCUUCUUCAGACUGCAUUCAUCAGGUGGCAGGAUCUGAACUUCCUACACUGUGAAUAAGGAGAGGUGAUGUCUCAAGACGACAGCUGUUGCAGAGUUUGCAGCAGGGGCUUAUAUAGCUGCCACUGGAAGCGCUCAACUAAGAAAAAGCAUGCGUGCUGUUGGUUGUCAUUUGUCGCUGUGGUGUCGCUGCUCUCGCUGUGCUGGAUGUACAUCUGUCUGGUUACUUUUAAUGACCAAGAGGAUGUUAACUGGGAGGGCUUCGAUAAACUGAAACGAUGGGUGAACUGGUUCAUGGUGCUCAUCAUUAUUUCUGCAGUGUUAACCAGCUACUGCGUUCUGCUGCUGCUCUUUGCAUUGUUCCAAGUUGCCUUAAGGGAACCACUCAACUUACACUGGCUACACAAGAUCUUCUUAUUUUUUGGUGUGAUAUUCAUCGCUCUCGGGGUCACAGGAAUUAGUCUCAAGUGGGAACAAGAAUGGCCGAUCGUUCCUCUCUCACUCCAGGCCACAGCUCCUUUCUUGCAGUUUGGUGCUGUCGGGGCGUUGACCCUACUGAGCUCCUUCGUCUUCCAGGGCUUCCACACGGCCAAGGAAAAAUGGUCUAAGUUCCUGAUUGCAGUGAUAUUUGUGGUGCUGUCAGCAGCAAUCUUCCUGUGUCCCCUGAUCAUCCAGUCUCCUUGUUUGAUUGUUGAAUUACCUGAAAAACCAAAACUCAUUGGACACCGCGGCGCACCAAUGCUGGCCCCGGAGAACACCAUGAUGUCGUUCAACAGGAGCAUCGCGUGCGGCGUGACAGCCUUUGAGACAGACGUACAGCUCAGUAAAGACAGAGUUCCCUUCUUGAUGCAUGACAAUAAGUCUGGGUUUUUGCGGAGAACAACAAACGUUAAAGAGAAGUUUCCUGGCGAAGACUUCAACCUCAGCUCCAGCCUGACCUGGGAGGAAUUACAGAGCCUGAAUGCAGGCAAAUGGUUCCUGAAGACAGAUCCUUUCCGUUCAGUGUCCAACCUCACAGAAGAGGAGAUGGAAACAGCCAAGAAUCAGACUAUACCCUCCUUACUUCAGCUGCUCAACCUCGCCAAGCAGCACAACAUCUCAGUGAUAUUUGACCUGUACAGUCCCAACCAGGAAAAUGACACAGUGGACACAGUCAACACCAUCUUGAGUUCUGGCAUCGACCCAGCCUUGGUCCUCUGGCUUCCUCCAGCACAAAGAGAAUAUGUAAAUAGGACUGCUCCAGGCUUCGUCCAGGUGUAUAACAACGAAAGUGAUAUGCUUGAAGAAGGAGGGGACCACCUGAAUGUGAAAUACAGCAACUUAAGUGCGAAAAAAAUCAGGGAGCAUCGGAGCAGGAACGUUACGGUGAACCUGUGGGUGGUUAAUGAGCGUUGGCUGUUCUCUCUGCUGUGGUGUGCGGGGGCCAGCUCAGUUACCACCAACUCCUGCCACCUCCUGAAAGACAUGGAGCAGCCUGACUGGGUCAUGACGCCUCGUACAUACACAAUAAUAUGGAUCACAGUGGACGUUGUAUCUGCUCUGAUAAUGACUGGACUCUUCAUCUUUCAGCGGAAAACACACUGUUUCUGUAACAGAAAAGGGAAAGAGACGCAAAGAAACGAUACUCCGGGAUGGAACGAGAAGGAACUGUCUCCCUUCUUACCCAUCGGGUAGCAGGACAUUGAUGUCUGCACCGCCAGAAUGAUUUGGACCUAAAUCAGGAGGAAAGCAAAUUAAUGUGAAUAACCAUACACUGCAUUCUAAAGCCAUGAAAAGAAGACUGUUUUUUUCAGAGGUUAUACGAUUUUAACCAAAUAUUGUCACAAUGCCACUGGAUGACCUUUUUACUUUUUUGUUCCUGUAUAUAGCUGCUUAACUGUUUUGAUCAUUCUUCUUUUGCUACUGAAAACAUGAAGCUAUUCUCUGAUUGUAUCACUGCAACGUGCUGUAGAUCUGCAUUGGAUUUCCUCUUGGCACUUUAUGUCACUUUUCAUUUUCAUGUCGCUCUUCCUGUUGCUGCUGUUUUGAUUUGUUACAAAACUUGUUUUUUCAUGGUGUCAGCGCAGCAGGAAACUUGUGUAUCAUGUAUUGUAACCUGAGCCAAAAUAACUACAACUGUUUUCUACACUG